CCCUUCACACUGUUCAGUUAAGGUUCUAGGGACUAUGGCUUUGAGCAACUCAGCAGAAAAAGGGAUUUUUGGCUUACAGGUUACUGAAGAGACUGAGACGUGGUUCCCAAGGGCUCAUAUUUAGAGGUCAACUGGCUAAAUCAAACCGAGAGCGGAAGAGAGAGACCUGGUUAUCCAGACUUUCCUCAAAUCCCCAGCCUGUCCCCAUGAUUCAGUUUUCCCGUCUGUAAAAUGGAGAUAACACCUGGUUUAUGUCUGGAUAGUUUGCCAAUGGAGAAAAAGAGCAGGAAGGGGAUGGAAGCAACAUAUUUGGGGGUACCCUUUACCAUCCCACAAAAUGCAUUCAGUUUUAUGCUAAAAAAAUAAAGCCAGCCUGCCUCUCCUUAAUGAAUUACAGCACGCCGGAGGGACAAAACGUGCUCCGCUGGCAGCUGGAGUAACAAAAGUAAGGCAUAUCAGUCGGAACAGGACCUGUUCCUCCAGAUUGGUUUCCCCACCCAGAUCUCCCAGGCUGAGGCCCCCGACACCGGGGAGGAAGGGGCAUGGGGCUUCUCGGGCGGUUUUCCUCCCCAGGCAGGAGCGGGACGGGUUCCCGGCGGCGGGGUUACUCGCGGUCAAAGGUGCAGCGUGGCAGAGCCAGCUCUCGCUGGGUGGAACGAGGCGGGAUGGCGGUGCUCAGCCCACCCGCUCCGCGUCCCCAGGAGCUGUUGAGGAGCAUCCGCCCCUCGGUUAUCCCGGCCGCCCCCUGGCGGGUGCCCGGGGCUCGGCUCCGGCUUCCCUGCGCCAGACGCGGAUUCUGGGCCAAGGUCCCCAGCGCUCGCGGCCCUGGGUCCCGGGGCCCCGCGGGUGGAGCUGGAGCCGGCACCCGAGGGAGGAGCAGGGACGCGGAUCAAUAAAGGGAAAGAGAGGAGGGAAAAAAUGUUGCGGGAGAGGAAGAAGCUGCUUAAUUCCACGCAACAGGUAGUUGCGCGCGUCGGCCGAGACUCGGCGCCGGUCACGCGUCUGAGACCCUCAAGCUCGGCUCACUGUUCCCUUUGGGGAGUGUCGCCUGGUAUUGCUCUAGUCCUCCACUUCCCAAGAUGAACCCCACAAAUCCAGGGAUGUACAGGCUGCUGCCAAACCAUCUGUGAAGUUUAGCCUUGUCACCUCUGAGGACCAAAAGCACGAAGGAUGCGACCUUUCUCUUGGCCGGGACCAGCCCCUGGAAGACUGUGGCUUCAAUAUGACAGCCAAAACCUUUUUCAUCAUUCAUGGCUGGACGAUGAGCGGCCUGUUUGAACGCUGGCUGUACAAACUCGUGUCAGCCCUACAGACAAGAGAGAAAGAAGCCAAUGUAGUGGUGGUUGACUGGCUCCCCCUGGCUCACCAGCUUUACAGAGACGCUGUCAAUAAUACGAGGGUGGUGGGACACGAUGUCGCAAGGAUGCUGGACUGGCUGCAGGGGAAAGAUGGUUUUUCGCUCCGGAACGUUCACUUGAUCGGCUACAGCCUUGGAGCUCAUGUGGCUGGGUAUGCUGGCAACUUCGUGAAAGGCACGGUGGGCAGAAUCACGGGUUUGGAUCCUGCUGGGCCCAUGUUUGAAGGGGUGGACAUCCACAAGAGGCUAUCCCCUGAUGAUGCAGACUUUGUGGAUGUCCUCCACACCUACACACGUUCCUUUGGUUUGAGCAUCGGGAUUCAGAUGCCUGUGGGCCACAUCGACAUCUACCCCAACGGAGGUGACUUCCAGCCUGGCUGUGGGCUCAAUGAUCUCUUCGGCUCAAUUGCGUAUGGAACAAUUGCAGAGGGGGUGCAAUGUGAGCAUGAGCGUGCAGUACACCUGUUUGUCGACUCCCUGGUGAAUCAGGACAAGCCGAGCUUUGCCUUCCAGUGCACGGACUCAAACCGCUUCAAAAAGGGCAUCUGUCUCAGCUGCCGGAAGAACCGUUGUAAUAGCAUUGGCUACAACGCCAAGAAAAUGAGGAACAAGAGGAACAGCAAAAUGUACCUGAAAACCCGGGCAGGCAUGCCUUUCAGAGUUUACCAUUAUCAGAUGAAAAUCCAUGUCUUCAGCUACAAGUACAUGGGAGAAAUUGAGCCCACCUUUUAUGUUACCCUUUAUGGCACCAACGCCGACUCCCAGAAUCUGCCUUUGGAAAUAGUGGAGCAGAUCGGGCUGAAUGCCACCAACUCCUUUCUGGUCUACACCGAGGAGGACUUGGGAGACCUCUUGAAGAUUAAACUCACCUGGAAGGGGACACCUCAGUCCUGGUACAGCCUGUGGAGGGAGCUUCGCAGCUACCUGUCUCAACCCCGCAAAUCUGAGCGGGAGCUGAAUAUCAGGCGCAUCCGGGUCAAGUCUGGGGAAACCCAGCAGAAAUUGACUUUUUGUGCAGAAGACCUUGAGAACACCAGCAUAUCCCCUGGCCAGGAGCUCUGGUUUCACAAGUGUCGGGAUGGCUGGAGAAUGAAAAAUGAAACCAGCCCAACUGUGGAGCUUCCCUGAAGGUGCCAGCCAGGCCCCCUGCCCCCGCCUUCCAAGCACACGGAGGAAAGUUACUGCUGAGGACCCACCUGACGGAAGGACCCCUCUCAGCCUUGGUCCUGGGGCACCCGGAAGAGCCUGCUUGCUGGGCCCAGGACCUUGCCUCCUACGAUGGCUGGGACUUCUUCCCGGAGAGGACCAUGCACUGCUACCCCUGCUGUUCCUGCUGCUGCUCUAGAAUAGCUCUCACUCCAGAUCUGUGUGCAGACAGCCGGAUGCCCAGGCCCCUUGUGCACCCAGGCUGGUUUCUAAGUGACUGGAUGAGCCUGUGUUUUUCCUGACAAGGAACUCUCACUCUGGAGUGGCUGUGUGGAAACCUGUCAGCUGCUUGACCUGACUUGAGCCGUAGUGCGAGGUCUUUCUGCUGGGAGCUGACUCAUGUCAGGAUGGCAGACCUAUGACCCUGUUCACCCAGAGAGGGGAGAGUAGAUCUGGGCUGGUGCUGAUGCCCUUGCUUUUUGGGUUCGAUGCGCUACGUUGAUCAAUACUGGGUACAUUUUAGACAUUCCGACCUGCUCCCCAACUCACUCCCUAGAGCAUGCAUCAUUGGCUUCCUUAUUUUUCCAUUGCUCAUUUUUUGAUUGAACAAAUGCUUAUUAAGCACUUAAACUGAACUAGUGAGUGGCAGUAGACACAUUAGUAAACCUCUCCAAACUGUCUCCUCAUUUGGAACCUAAUGGCCGUGGGAUAUCUAGCCCCCCUUCCAGUUUAGAUAGUUCAUGAAUAUAUAUGUGACGAAAGGCACGACGGCCGUUGAGAGCGCUACAGGACGUAAGAGUUGGGGACCCUGAGGCUUUAAGUGAUUUCUACCUAUUUCUUCUUAGUUAACAUGGGUGUUCCCCCUAAGAGUGACAGGUUUGAUCACUAGCAGAGUAGUGAGCAGCGUAUCACACGUGCUGGGGAUGGAAAGGUGGCCAAUUGCCGAAUGAUUGCUUGGGAGAAAAAUCUCUUCUGUUUAGGAAGAUGGAAGGUAUUACAUAUGUUAUACAUAUCUGUUUAUGCAGAAAUCAGCGUCUGUCAAACAGAGCUGGAGCUAAGAUUUAAAACAGUGCUUUUUCCUCCUUGGAAUCUCUUGUUCUAAUACCAGUGCCUUUGCUAGGUUAAACCUCUUGGAAAAGCCUCCAAUUUGAGAUCUUGAUUUGAAUUAAUAGACAUGAAAUCUGAGAAAUCCUUUUGCAUGUGUAUCACCUAAUUAGAGACUCUCAACAGGACGUGAGCUGGGCAGCUAUUAUUAUCUCUAUUUUACAAAACCAAGACUAGUGAGGUUCAGCCACAUGCCUACAAUUAUAUACAAGUCGGUAGCGGAGCCAGGCUGAGGACCCAGAUUUCUUGGAAGCACAGUUCGUGGUAUGUUCAACUCUGCAACUUCAUCAAGACCUCUACAGCCGUUUUCCAUCAAUAUGCCCCAGAUGUGACAAACAAGGAAUUGUUUUCAGAGCCAUCCAUAAAACCAUAAACCCUUUUAUUAUAGGACAAUGACUAUGCCAAGGGGUUGGGCUUUUUAUGGAUGAGAUUAUCUGGAAGGAGGUAUGAUGUCAGGUGGGGGGAAGAGCGAUUUUCUUUGUACUUAAAUUUUUAAAGGACAUUGUUUUAAUCUGUAUUGUGCCAAAGUUGUAUCAUUAUUUAAUGCCAAACUUCAGAAGACAUAACCAGUCAAGUCUUAAUUCAAGGUAUUUUCUCCAUCCACUUGUGGCUUCUUCUCUUGCUUCUGUGACUGCUUUCUAGUCAAAGUGAAGCUUGUAUUAUUGGCUGUGCAUUCUGGUUACUUCUGACUUCUGUUUUUAGUCAUGGAAGCCUUGGGAAUCCAAUCCUUGGUGGGUCCUGUAUUUAUACAUUUGGUCUUAGACCUUAUUUGUAUAUGAUGAUGCUUUUUUAAAAAAAAUGUUAAGAAUACUAUUUAUUUUUCAAGUGUAUAUAAUGUAUAAAAACAAAUAUAUAGUUAGUUUUUAAGACUAACCAAUUUGAAGAUUAACAUUUUUUUAGCGGUUUGUGUGUCUUUUCAGAAUUAAAGUUACGUUAACAUAUUAUAUUAAUUACAUAGGAACACGGUUACAGUCUAAUGCAAUUUUUUUCUGAAUAUAUGUCCACACAUAUGAAUAUUCUUUCUCUUGUAGACUGACUUUAUACUCCAUAUGCUAUUUUAUAACCUGACUUUUUCAUGUAACAUCUUUCUAUGUCAAUAACCAUAAGUCCACAUAAUAUUUUAAAUAGGUGCAUAAAUUCUAUCAUAUGAGUGUGCCAUGAUUUACAUAACUAGCCCCCAAACAAAUUGGGUUCGUUUUUAAAUUUUAUUAAUUUAAUUUUUUUAUUGAGGUUGUAAUAGUUUGUAACAUUGUGAAAUUUCACUUGUACGUUAUUUUUUGUCAGUUACCAUAUAAAUGCGUCCCUUGACCCCUUGUGCUCACCAUCCAACCCCCUUUCCCCUGGUAACCACUAAACUGUU